GCAAAUAUUUGAAAUUUUUGCGCUAUUUAAAUAGUCGCAAUAAGUUCCAUUGGAAAUAAGUGAAUUUGCAAAGAAUAAUGAGUAGCUGGGAGGAAGAGAAGGACAAAUACCUCAAAUUACUCCCUGAAGCGAAGCAAAAAAACUUCAUCCGUUUGGAAAAAAUACCCACAUGGAAACAUUUGUGUGAAUCCGAAAUUUUGCCGGAUCCAGUUUUUAUGAAGGAUAACUGUGCCUUAGAUAUAAGCAAAAAUGAGAUACUAGCGGAAAAAGUUUCUAUAUUUGAUGGGGAUAUUACUCUGCUAGCGAUAGAUGCAAUUGUUAAUGCAGCAAAUUCUUCACUUUCUGCCAUUGAUGGUCUCAGCGAGACAAUACACAAUAUUGCUGGGCCCUCUCUUGAACUAGAAUGUAGUACUUUAGCACCUUGUAAAACUGGGGAAGCUAAAAUAACCGGUGGAUAUAAAUUACCUGCUCGCUAUGUGAUUCAUACGGUGGGCCCACAAGGAGAAUAUCCUGAAAAAUUGAAGAGGUGCUAUAGGGAGAGCUUGGAAUUGCUGAUUUCGAAAAAUUUGAGAACCAUCGCCUUCCCAUGUAUUUCCACUGGAUCCAAUAAUGGAUAUCCCAAUCUACCAGCCGCUCAUGCAGCAGCUUAUCAAGUAAGGAAAUUCUUGGAGGAUAAUGGUGAUAAAAUAGAUAGAGUGAUUUUUUGCCUGAUGUCAGAAAAAAACAGGAAGACUUACAGAGGAAUACUUCAAACGUAUUUUCCUCUUUCACAUUAAAAUAAUUUUGUAUAUGUCAGAAAUGCAGAGUUUUAGUAAUGUAAAAUGUUUUGAUUUUUCUUCAAAUUAAUAACUUAGUUGAAUAAAAUAGUGAAAUCAAA